AGCGCGCGCUCGUACAUUUUUAUGAGACACCACGGUCCAACGCAAUUCUGAGUCGUAGGCUAUGGAACUGGAAACGCACUGGAAAUGUAACGAUGGAUAGAUAAUCUCAAUCGUUUGGCAUUGCUCGGACAGCAAUAACGAACGACAGCAGACAGACAGCGUGUGAAAUUUGUCAAAGGGCAGCAGCAGCUAAUGCUUCACUUUGUUUAAAAUUCAGCCAGCGACAGAAUGAUAGAGGAGGGCAGUAAACGAGGCAAAGCCAUGGUGGAGAAGAGACAACUCUUCAUGGAGAUGAGGGCACAAAACUUUGACGUCAUCAGGCUGUCAACCUAUAGGACGGCCUGCAAGCUAAGAUUUGUGCAGAAGAGAUGCAACCUUCACUUGGUGGAUGUGUGGAACAUGAUUGAGGCGUUCCGUGACAGCGGUCUGAACACGCUGGACCACAACGCAGAAAUCAACGUGUCUAGACUGGAGACUAUCCUGUCCUCUAUAUAUUACCAGCUCAAUAAGCGUCUGCCCACCACACACCAGAUCAACGUAGAGCAGUCCAUCGGCCUGCUGCUCAACUUCAUGGUGGCCACAUACGACAGUGAAGGCCACGGGAAACUGACCGUUUUCUCGAUGAAGUCUAUGUUGGCAACCAUGUGUGGAGGGAAAAUAGUGGACAAACUACGUUAUAUCUUCUCCCAGAUAUCUGACUCUAAUGGUGUGAUGGCCUUUGCUAAGUUUGACCAGUUUCUGAGGGAGGUUCUGAAGCUGCCCACAGCUGUGUUCGAGGGCCCGUCGUUUGGAUACACAGAACACUCCGUACGGACAUGCUUCCCUCAACAGAAGAAGAUCUUGCUGAACACGUUUUUGGACAUUUUGAUGGCAGAUCCUCCCCCUCAGUGCCUCGUGUGGCUACCUCUCAUGCACCGACUCGCUAAUGUUGAAAAUGUCUUCCAUCCCGUGGAAUGUUCCUAUUGCCGGAGUGAAAGUAUGAUGGGAUUCCGUUACCGGUGCCAACAGUGCCAUGGCUACCAACUCUGUCAGAGCUGCUUCUGGCGUGGCCAUGCCAAUGGUCCCCAUAGCAACCAGCAUCAAAUGAAGGAGCACUCCUCUUGGAAGUCUCCGGCUAAAAAGCUGAGCCACGCCAUCAGUAAGUCUCUGGGCUGUGUCCCCAUUGGAGAGCCACCUCACCCAAUGUUCCCUGAGCAGUCAGAGAAACCGCAGGACAGCAUGGCCCACACUGUUCAGCCGAAGCCAGUGGCCAACAAUAUGAACAACACAAUGCUCAUGUCGUCUGGGGCACCUACUCCUACUAAAAGUGUCUUGGAGAGUCCCAGUAGGCUAGACGAGGAGCAUCGUCUGAUUGCUCGCUACGCAGCACGCCUGGCAGCAGAGGCAGGCAACUCCACAGUGAGUAGCUCCACACAAUGUCCUCCAACAGAUCUGAGUUUCAACUUUGAUGCCAACAAACAACAGAGGCAGCUAAUAGCAGAACUAGAGAACAAGAACAGGUCCCUCAGAGAGAUCCUUCAGGAGAUCCAGCGGCUGCGUCUGGAGCAUGAGCAGGCCUCCCAGCCCACCCCCGAGAAGGCCCAGCAAAACCCCACACUGCUGGCCGAACUCAGGCUCCUUAGACACAGGAAGGAUGAGCUGGAGAGGCGCAUGUCGGCCCUACAGGAGAGCAGACGUGAACUGAUGGUCCAGCUGGAGGGACUGAUGAGGCUACUCAAGGAUGAGGAGCAGAAGCAGGCAGCACAGACAGGAGGCUCACCCCACUCCUCCCCCAGCCACGGGGCAGGCUGCUCCAUGCCCAUGCCCAUCCGCUCCACCUCAGCUGGGUCCACCCCCACCCACACACCCCAGGACUGCCUGGCCGGGGUGGGGGGGGACGUGCUGGAGGCCUUCGCUCAGGGUGUACCUAGAAAUCUUCGUAAUGAUCUAUUGGUCGCUGCAGAUUCAAUCACAAACACAAUGUCUUCACUCGUCAAAGAACUCCACUCAGUAGAUGAUGCUGCAGAGGAAGAGGACAACAACAUGAGGAACGGAGGCCUAAGGGACAGGGCCGAGGCAGAAUGAAAGGAGUGGAAAAAGCACGGUGAGAGAAGUAAAGCAUCAUCGAGGGAGCAACAACCACUCCAUCUAUACCGGAUGUCAGACUGGACUUGACUGGAAAAGAAGAAUCCAAAUGAGAAUCAGUCACACCAACCAAACCCUUCUAUCAGGCAUAAGCACGUAGAGUAAUGCAUGCUGUUAUCAAACAGGAUUUCACUAUGUGAACUACUAUCAAACAUGUUUAUUACACCUUGCUGCGGAAAAAAAAGCAAGAUGUGUCUAUUAGCGAGUGUAUAUGUUGUUCUGUAUAAAAACUUAAAGCUGUAAUUAUUAUGUAUUGAUUGAUUCCCCUCAUCAUGACUGCAAUGGUCAAAGCUCUAAGGAAUGGCUAGCUGUGCUUUCUCUCAACCUGUCUUGUCAAUAACAGACCAUUCUGUUUCAAUCCCAAAUGGCACCCUAUUCCCUAUAUCGCGCAGGACUUUUGACCAGAGCCCUAUAGGCCCUGGGCAAAAG